UUUUCAUAAUUUGAUUGCGUUGGCUAAUAAUUCUACAUAAAAUUUUGUCGGUUAGUAAAUUUCUCUUUUGGGAAGGAUGAAGAAAAUGAUUAAUAUCUAUAGAGCUACUAACCGCUCAAACCCUUUCGCAUUACACAGUUCACUCGUUCCCGUCAAGCUUAUCUGAGAGGUUGAUUUGUAACAACAUUAUAAGGGGACGAGCGGAUCUAUUGUUGAUUCGAAUCGUAGGUCACUGAUUGUUUCGCGAGAUCUGCCGGAUCUGGUUCUGGAGCGAAUCGAAUUGACGAAAUUCAAAUUCAGAAACUAACGACUGUGUGGAGUUUGAAUCUGUCUGAUUGUCGUUCCUUCUCUGAUCGGAAAUGGCGUUUUCAAGCCCUGUAACACCUGGGCUGAUGUCGGUGGUGCUCGGGAUUGUGCCGGUGAUCGCUGCUUGGCUUUACUCCGAGUAUCUGCACUUUGCAAAACAUUCCGUCUCCGCCAAAGCGCACUCUGACGUCAAUUUGGUGGAAAUUGCGAAAGAUUUUGUGAAAGAAGAUGACAAAGCCCUUUUGAUAGAAGAUGGUGGUGGUCUUCAAUCAGCUUCUCCUCGAGCCAAGGCUUCCUCCAUACAUUCUCCUCUCAUCAGGUUUGCCCUCUUGGAUGAGUCCUUCUUGGUUGAGAACAGGCUAACGUUAAGAGCAAUAAUUGAGUUUGCACUACUUAUGGGAUACUUUUACAUAUGUGACCGCACGGAUGUCUUCAAUUCAUCGAAGAAGAGUUACAACCGGGACCUGUUUCUGUUCCUGUACUUCCUCCUCAUCAUCGUUUCAGCAAUAACUUCUUUCACGAUACAUAAUGAUAAAUCAGCAUUCAACGGAAAAUCCAUCAUGUAUUUGAAUAGACAUCAAACCGAGGAGUGGAAAGGCUGGAUGCAGGUCCUCUUUUUGAUGUACCACUACUUUGCUGCUGUAGAGUACUAUAAUGCUAUCCGUGUUUUCAUUGCUUGCUAUGUAUGGAUGACUGGAUUUGGGAAUUUUUCUUACUAUUACAUUCGCAAGGACUUUAGCCUCGCAAGGUUUGCACAGAUGAUGUGGCGGCUAAAUUUUCUCGUCAUAUUCUCAUGCAUCGUUCUCAACAACAGUUACAUGCUGUACUACAUAUGCCCUAUGCACACUCUGUUUACUCUGAUGGUCUACGGAGCACUUGGUAUUAUGAACAAGUAUAAUGAGAUGGGUUCAGUCAUAGCUGCCAAAAUGGUUGCCUGCUUCUUUGUUGUUAUCAUCGUUUGGGAAAUUCCGGGCGUUUUUGAAUGUAUUUGGAGUCCAUUUACGCUCCUAAUGGGUUACAAUGAUCCCGCAAAACCACAGCUUCCCCUUUUGCAUGAGUGGCAUUUCCGCUCGGGCCUUGACCGGUACAUAUGGAUAAUCGGGAUGCUAUAUGCAUACUACCACCCAACUAUUGAAAGUUGGAUGGAUCAACUGGAGGAAGCUGAGAUAAAGUUCAGGAUGGCUAUCAAAACAACUGUGGCACUUAUAGCACUAACGGUGGGAUAUUUUUGGUACGAGUACAUAUACAAGCUGGACAAGCUAACUUACAACAAAUACCAUCCUUACACCUCCUGGAUUCCAAUAACGUAUUUCGCUUUACUCUCAGAGCUCUAUACAAUGGAUAUUCCGAAAACAAGUACUAACUUGCGUAUCUCGUAUUGCUUUUCUGUCAGUGUAUAUAUCUGUCUCCGGAACAUCACCCAGUCUUUCCGUGGCUACAGUUUGACCCUUCUGGCGUGGCUUGGGAAGAUAACGCUGGAGACAUAUAUCUCCCAGUUUCAUAUAUGGCUCAGGCAUGUCACGCUCCUUCGUCAAUUAUCUGGCGUUCCUGAUGGUCAACCCAAAUUGCUACUCUCUCUAAUACCGGAAUACCCAUUGUUGAACUUCAUGCUCACAACUUCGAUUUACGUCGCUGUCUCUUAUAGGCUCUUCGAGCUUACCAACACUUUGAAAACAGCCUUCAUACCAACCAAAGACGACAAGCGCCUUGUCUACAACACGAUCUCAGUACUCGUAAUCUGCACCUGUCUCUACUUUUUCUCGUUUGUUUUCAUCAAAAUCCCCCAAAAACUGGUUAGUGAAUAA